AUGUCUUCUGAACUUAGAAAACUCCAUAGCAAAGAUGAACCACGCGGAGAAAUCCAACUGGGUGAUGUCCUUAUUGAGGGUAAAACAAAGAUUGUAUAUGACUUGCCUGAAUAUAAAGGAUGUGUGUCUAUAAAAUCUAAGGACAGGAUCACUGCUGGUGAUGGUGCACGAGCCCAUGACAUGGAAGGCAAAGCUGUCAUCUCCAAUGAAACAAAUGCCCAACUCAUGCAAAUUCUGAAUGAUGCAGGCAUUGCUACACAUUUCAUUGGGAAAUGGUCCAAUGAUACUUUCCAUGCUCUCCAUUGUCAUAUGAUCCCAAUUGAAUGGGUAAUCAGAAGAGUGGCUACUGGAUCCUUUCUCAGGAGACAUCCCGGGAUUGAAGAAGGACAUCGUUUUGCUCCUCUCAAACUGGAAACCUUCUUCAAGGAUGAUGCCAACCAUGAUCCCCAAUGGAGUCGUGAGCAGCUAAUUUCAGCCAAGCUUAAGUGUGGGAAUGUUGUAAUUGGUGUUGAUGAAGUGGAUAUUAUUGAAAAGAUGACUCUCCUCAUUUUUGAAAUAUUGGAGAAAGCCUGGGCUGGAGCUAACUGGGCUCUCAUUGAUAUGAAAAUUGAAUUUGGUGUCACUGCAGAAAGCGGUGAAAUUGUGUUGGCAGAUAUUAUUGACAGCGAUUCUUGGCGGUUGUGGCCAUCAGGUGAUAAACGUCUUAUGGUUGACAAACAGGUCUAUCGUGACAUGGCAGAUGUCACUCAGGCAGGAAUUGAAACUGUCAAAAAGAACUUUCAGAUGGUUGCUGAAAAAGUGAAGUGCCUGUCUCUGUCUGUUUACUUGUGCCUGUCUCUGUUUACUUGUACCCACUUCUUCUUUAGUGCCUGUCUCUGUUUACUUGUACCCACUUCUUCUUUAGUGCCUUGCCUGUCUCUGUUUACUUGUACCCACUUCUUCUUUAGUGUCUGUCUCUGUUUACUUGUACCCACUUCUUCUUUAGUGCAUUCUCUUUUACUUAUUCUUCUUUAG